AAGUUAUGGUACAGAACGAAAUUUCAACCAAAAUAGUUAGGUAUUAUCCCAGAGGACAAAAUACCAUUAUACUCAAAUUAAUAAAAGAGUCCCAAAGCCUUCUUGUCCUCCAACUACCAGUCUUUCCUAUGGCCAAGAAAUCCACACGAAAAUAACCACUACGAUAUCAAAAACACCGUAGCCACAGACCGAUACAGAAAACCAAAAUAUAACAACAACAACAAAAAAAAAAAAAAAAAAAUGGGUGUUUUCAUCCACCAAAUCUUCAUAAUUUCAGUGACAAUUUUAUGCCUAUUUGCAAACCCUUCAUCAUCUUUACCAUCAGAAACAGCAUCAAUCUCUACCAAACCUUCAGUAUACGAAGUACUCAAAGGCUACGACUUCCCAGUUGGUCUCCUUCCGAAAGGUGUUCUGGAUUACGAUCUCGAUCCGUCAACUGGAAAAUUCUUUGCCUUUUUGAAUGGUAGUUGUGGAUUUUCGCUUGAAGGUUCAUACCAGUUGAAUUACAAAUCCACCAUUAAAGGGCAUAUAUCAAAGGGAAAGCUAUCGGGCUUGGAGGGUGUUAGCGUGAAGUUGUUGUUCGUUUGGGUUAAUAUUGUGGAGGUCCUUCGCAGCGUUGACCAGCUUGAAUUCUCGGUGGGUAUUGCGGGUGCGGGUUUUCCCAUUGAUAAUUUUGAAGAGAGUCCUCAAUGUGGUUGCGGAUUGAAUUGCAAUGGUGGGCAUGUAAGGGAUGUUCAAACUGACCCAAAUUAUCUUUAUUCUUCUUUUUGAGAAUCUUGGAGUGGAUAUUUUGUGUUUGGAAUUGUGAAAUUUGCAAAUAUUUAUUUUAUUGGGUUCUGUUUAUUUUCAUAAAUUAUUGCUGAUUUUUCCAUUGGUUUGUUUA